GGUUGUCCUGUCGCUAACUUUAGCCAUGUUUCUCCCAGUUUAGUUUAUUUGACAUUUCAUGUAGCAGCAGGUCGUCGUGAGUGUUAGUUGGAUAGUCUACCGUGCUAACGUAGCUACAUGGUGGUUCUUGUGGCAGCCGAACAGUGUCACUUCACAUUUCAGAAACAAGGGAAGAAGCAAGCUAGCCUCUCGUAGCGAGCUAACAGCCGUUUAGCUUUGAGAGGAGAAUAACGACGCUGUGAGGCAGCAAACAAGGCACGAAGCUUCUAUGACCUACGACUGUUUGCCCCGAUCAGAGGAUGUAUCCGCCUUCCAGAAAGGACUUCAUCUCUCUGACACUCAGUGAUCCGCACAGUCACACUUACAACAACGGCAAACACCGGAGACAGUCCUGCUGGAGGAAAUGGAAGCAGCUGUCUCGGCUCCAGCGAAGCCUCAUCCUGUUCCUGCUGGCUCUGUUGCUCAUAUUUGGACUGCUCUCCUAUCCCAGCAUCACAGAGCAGUGGAGAGGGUUGUCUGACAGGGAGGACUGGCUGGAGCUGAAUGACAAAGAGUUGAAGACCAUUCUUCCAGGUGUGAAGUCUCUAUUGGACGGAGCUGCAGAUAAAGCUCCAGCUCCUGUGGCAGGUCCACAUGUGGAGCCAGCUUUGGUACCAGAUGCAGGUCCAGGUGUGGGUUUAGAUGCUGUGGUGGAGCCAAGAGGACCAGACAUCCCCAUUUUGGCCAAACCUCCCACUAAGAAAAAGACAUUCCUUAACAAGAGAAGUCCACCAAACCUGCAGAAAGACGGAAACAUUUCAGACACUGUCGGUGGCGAAAAACAAGAGCAAGAGGCGAUUCAAGACGGAGAUGGAGAGGAAGAGGACAAAGCAAAGAAGAUCGUCAGCUGGAGAGGAGCAAUGAUCGAAGCUGACCAGGCCACAGAGCCUCCACCCUCAGCUGAUGGGAAAGAAGCUGUGGCACCCCCACCUCCAGCCAACCCUGCUAACACUGUCCCACUGGAAGUUUCAGCUGGAGCUGUUGACAGAUUGGAGGCUGUACGUGAUGCCUUCAGACAUGCGUGGAAAGGCUAUAAGGACUAUGCCUGGGGUCAUGAUGAGCUCAAGCCCAUCUCCAAGUCUUUUGGCGAGUGGUUUGGACUGGGUUUGACACUCAUUGAUUCUCUGGACACCAUGUGGAUUAUGGGUCUAAAAGAAGAGUUUGCAGAAGCAAAGAACUGGGUAGAGAAAGAGCUCUCCUUCAACAAGAAUGUGGACGUGAAUCUUUUUGAGACAACCAUCCGUGUCCUUGGGGGCCUGCUGAGUACUUACCAUCUAACAGGAGACCAACUCUUCCUAGAAAAAGCUAAAGAUCUCGGGUCCAGGUUGAUGCCUGCCUUCAAAACUCCCUCAAAGAUCCCGUUCUCGGACGUCAACAUCGGAAAGGGCACAGCGCACCCCCCUCGAUGGACAUCAGACAGCACACUGGCCGAGGUCACGAGCAUUCAGUUGGAAUUCAGAGAGCUGAGCCGCCUCACCCAAGAGCCACAGUACCAGGAGGUCGUGAAUGAGGUAAUGAAGCUGGUCCACAAGCUGCCAGGCAAACAAGAUGGCCUAGUACCCAUGUUCAUCAACACCAACAGUGGCCAAUUCACCCACAAAGGAGUCUUCACACUUGGUGCCAGGGCAGACAGCUACUAUGAAUACCUGCUCAAACAGUGGAUCCAGGGAGGCAAGACGGAAGACGAACUGUUGGAGGACUACCUUCAGGCUGUGGAGGGAGUGAAAAAACACCUUGUUAGACAGACGGGGCCCAGCAGAUUGACCUUCGUUGGAGAGUUGUCCCAUAACCGCUUCAACCCCAAGAUGGAUCACCUUGUGUGCUUCCUGCCAGGAACCUUGGCACUAGGGGCCCACAAUGGCCUCCCAGGGGACCACAUGGAUCUGGCUGUGGAGCUAAUUGAGACAUGUCACCAGAUGUACAAACAGAUGGAGACUGGUCUGAGCCCAGAGAUCGUACACUUCAGCCUGCAGGCCGGUGACGGCCGUGACGUUGUUGUGAAGCCUGCAGACAGACACAACUUGCUGAGGCCAGAAACAGUGGAAAGUCUGUUCUACAUGUACAGAUUCACGAAGGACACCAAGUACAGAGACUGGGGAUGGGACAUACUUCAGAGCUUCAAUAACUACACUAAGGUGCCCGAUGGUGGCUACACGUCCAUCAACAACGUCCGUGACCCUGUUAACCCCGGGCCCCGGGACAAAAUGGAGAGCUUCUUCCUGGGUGAGACGCUGAAGUACUUGUAUCUGCUCUUCUCUGACGACAUGGAGCUGCUUAGCCUAGACAAGUAUAUAUUCAACACGGAGGCCCAUCCUGUUCCCAUAUGGCCCUCCCCACCCAAGUGACGUCACCAUACAGGAGGUCUGUAAAGAUUAGGCCCACAGAGUCCUGUAUGAGUCAAAGACUGCUAUUGCCGCUCAGACAGGUGCAUCUCUGAUGUAACCGUCCAUGCUGGACUGCUGGGUUGAGCAGUAGAGCAGAUCUGUGCUGUCCUUCUGUACUUUGAUAUGUUUCCACAUGGAGGAGUUUAUUUUGUUUUUGUUUUGUUUGUUUUUCCUUUUUCUUUAUUUUUCCUAAGGAAAAGGUUUGUGUUAGAGCUGGUCUCUAAUGUAAAAAACUUUUAAAAAUCAGUUGUGAUUAGCUGGCGCUAACAGGCGACAAGACAGAAGAUAGUGUGAAGGCUUUAAUACUUGGGUGACUGGGAUGCUUCUUGUACUGUAUGUCUGUGGUAACAACAAUCAUGUCUUCCCUGAGUUUGUCUUUGCCAUGUGAGGUGGAAAUCCUCAGUAGUCCACAACUUAUUCUGCUAAUUCCCAGAUGUUUGAAGGUGCAGUAACCAAUCAUGGAAAUCUAUUGAGCAUGUGCUGCUAAAUUGCUUGUACUAAACAGAUUGCCUUAAUGGAGGAAUCAUGUUAUUUGUAAAAGUCUUUGCUUUGGCAAUGGCCAAAAAUGAUAUAAAAGAAGUUAAGUUAUGCAUUUGAAUCCCUUUUUGCACACCUGUCCCCUGUAUUGUCCCAUUGUAAAUGUUAAGGAGGAGUGUCCAGGGACCAAUUUCAGUUCUGAGGCCAGUGCCUUGCUUAAAAGCAAAUGUCUACAUUUUGAUACUUACAAGUUGAAAACGAAAAAAUGCAUUGCCUGUACGAAAUUUCAGUGCCCAAGGUGUGAAUUUCAUCAGCAUCAGUGAGCCAGUAAGCAUGUAGCGUACUUGUACCAGGAUCUAAUAAUGCUGAUGAUUGGCUGUCCUAGUUACACAUUGUUGAAGUAUGAAGGAAGAACACGUUAUGCCCAGAGUGAUGAGCUUCAGCUGCUUUUCUGCACAUAUCAACUUUGUGCUGCUUGUUAGCUCUCUAGUGUAGCUGAGCUACCUUUAUCUGGCUAACAGCUCUUAGCACAGAGGAAGUAAGAGGUCUCACUCUGCCACCACUACCUUUAGGCAGACUAGACACGACACUGGCAUAUUGGUGCCCUCUCUCUUAUUUGUUGUUUGUUAUUAAUGUUUCUUUGGGCAGUUAUUUAUAUUUUUAUAUAGUCUGAUACUGUACAGAUAUUCCACCAGUUUCUUCAUUUUAUUCCAGUCAUCCAGGUUGAGUAAAUUGUGCAGAGCAAAAACAGCUGCUUUCUCCAGCUGCUCCCAGAUCUUUAAGUGUUUCCUCCUUUGAAGUGAGUAAUUGUACCAGAAUGUGCAAUGUAAUUUUGUUUUUGUUAAAACGGUUUUCACGAAAUUGGCAUUCGAAGAAGUAUCGCUCAGGAACCGGUCAUGAAGUCAGGUGUAGGUAUUGAAAAAUUUUGAACAAAAGCCAGCUGUAAUCAGGAUGUUUGUGACUGGCUUUUUUUGUGCGCGCGUGUGCAUGUGUUUCUCUGUCAGAGUUGACCAGAAUCAGGUUGUUUUAAUUACAAUGUUAAUCAUCACAAGAUGAGACAGGCCCACAAUGCAUUGCAAUUAAAAUGAGUAACUUAUUGGGUACCGCUGUCGCACAUGUAGCAGUGCUUCUUUUCAUGACUGAAAGAUAAAAGGUUAAAUGUGGUAAAGCUUACUGCACGUUCACACCUCUUGUGUUUUAAAGGGAAAUCUGGUUGUUGUUUACUGGUCUUUUCGUUUAGUGUGGCAGUGAGUAAUCCUGGGGUGGAAGUCCUGUUUAUGUGACUUAAACAUUUGAAAGCAAAACAGAUAUAAAUGUUGGAGGAAGACUCAGUCCUGAAUGAUUUUCAGUCUGGGCUGUGCUCAUAAUGAUGUCCAUUUUAUUUUAUUGAUGAAUGUAUACAUUGGUUCUGUGAUUUUUGAUUGUCAUAGAGGUGCACUCUGUUUCCCCAGGUUUAAGUCUCAUCCUGGUUUGGAUUCAGUUAUUGUAUUCACACUUGCUUUACAUUAUAUGAAGGGGAAUUAAUUAAGGCUGCCAUGCAGUCUUACGUUUGCAGUUGCUAUGGAGUUAGAUCAAAAUAAACCAACUCUGUGCACUUUCAUUUCCUGUGUCAGGGAUAAUAUACAGCACGUUCAGCCGUUCAUUCAUCCUCUUUUCACAGGCGACUCGCUCAAGAAAUGAAGUUUGUUCAAUUGUUUUCUUCAUAGUUGAUGGAUUCUGAUUCAUUGCUGUUUAGCAACCCUUGACUCCCCUGUCAAAUGUGAUGCAGAGCAAUGUGGGAGCACUUCUUUUCAGUACAAUAGCAUGGACAUAAAUUUGAAGGACAUAUCCAGUGUACUGUAGGUGCUGCUUUGAAGAUGGCUGACCCCACACUGAUAUUCUGCUAUAACUUUCAAUUCUUCAGUCCAAAAGAGGAUCUAAUUUCCCCGCAGUUAGCGGUUUAAAACAGACUCAUGUUCAAGUUUUAACCAUCCCAUUUUGUUAAUGAACUUCUGUCUAAGAGAGAGCCAUAUGCUGACCCACAUCACUGAAUGUGCACUACAUUAGCCAAUGCUCUGCUGUGCCUAUUGAAAUGUGUAUUGUGCUAUAGUGGUUUGGUUUAUGUGUUUGUUUCUUUAUUGCUGCUGUAUCGGUGGUGUUGAUCUGUGAAUGAAAGACUUACUUUAGAUGGGUGGGUGACAAAACGAGAUGGGGAUAAAUAUUUUGUGUCAAUUGUUUCUAACUUGUCUACUGAAUCCAACCUGUGUGUCUGAUGAUUAUUGAACACUUCCAGUCGUAAUGUUCUGUGCCAUCAUGUCGAAAAGAUUCAGUUUUCAGCAGGUCACUUUUUGUGUGUGCUCUUCUUCUUUUUAAGGUGGCUUUUUUUUUUUUCUUUGCAAUCCAUCCAAACGUGACCUUCAUGGUGACGACAGUCAGGUGAUCACCAAAGUCAUUAGAUUUUGUCCUGCUACAAAAUUUCAUGCCAAUUCAUCGAGUAGUUGAAAUAUUUCAUUCAGGACCAAAGUAGUCGGCUGACUGGCAGUCCGACAUGCGUGGUUAAAACUGACAAGACAUUGGGGUUUUUCUCCUUUUUAAUUUCUGUGUUUGUUCACAUGAUGUACAUAAAUGAUUUUUAUGGAGUUUAGUCCUGUGAACGGCUGGCAGUUUAGAAUUCAUGGAGACUGAUGUCUGAUAAUUAAUUGAUUUUCUUAGGAUUUUGCGAUCUGUUUUGUUCCAGACUGCAGUAGAAACAAAUAUGUAUUAAUAUUGCCAUUAAUUAAUAAUAUCCUAACUAAACAAUACACUGGCAAAAGGCUUAUUGGAUGUGAGAAGAACAUCUGCAACUACAGUUUUAAAUUGGUUCAUUAAUAGUAUUUCAUGGUUUGCUAAACAAAUUUUAAUUCCUGAUGCAUAGGAAUUGAUGAUUAAACGAGAAUUGAUGAUCAAAUGAGAGAUUGAAUGCAUUCUCUGUUAACCUGAUGAAACUAGACUUGACCUGAAAAGGAAGAGUUACAAGAUCUACUGUUGAAGGUUAGUGUGACUUUCACAGAAAAACAACUGCAGGUACUUUUUUAAACACGAUGCUGUCAUGUAAACAUUGAAUUUGGUUUGACAAGUGUAAUAUUCUCAACUUAAUUAUACACGACUUAAUCUGCCAGAAACCUUUCACUCUCUAAAGGACUGGUGUUAUUCUAUAUUUGUCCAUCGAGAAAAACAAUGAGAAGACCAAAAUCAACAAUGUGUCAGUCAUUCUGUCAAUACCUCAACUUCCCCAGCCUGCUUGAGGUUGGCUCCAUUGGUUCCUCCUGAAGAUCUUCAUGAUCAUCAAAAAAUGCCUCAGAAAUACAGAAUUUCAUUUUAAAAAAAGGCACAUUUAUUUCCUAAAACAGGUGGUCACUAAAUGUUACUUAUACUGGAGAAAAUAGCAGAUUUGUUAGUCAUGGUUUUUACAUUUUGUAUUCUGUUAUUUCCAGCAUCGGUGCAGUGUAUUAGGACAACAAUGGAGCUCUGUGGCACAGAGUAAUAACAUUUAUACACAACUUACCAAAAAUGUGAUAUUGAUGGCAACAUCAAUGUCUCAUAACUUGAAGGCCACAGGUUCAGUCUCUUCAGAAGCCCAUUUUUAUGACAGAAAAUAUUUUCUGUAUCCAGAGGAAUAUGGAAUCUGUCAAGUCAGAACAGAAAAAUCAUCAGACAGGAGACUCCACUACGUUCAGUAACACUGCUACAGACAUGGAAAUGCAGCGGAUGUGGGGUUCUUCUGAUCUCCUUGUUUAAUUGCCUCUCUUAUCUUUGGCAAAAAUCAGCCUCUUAUAUCAGAUAUUCACGACCACCAGUUUGUGUUAAGAGACUGAUGUAACAGAAAAGAUAAAAGAGCAGAAAUGACUAAUUUAGCUCAGCGGUGAGCUCCCACAGAAGCUUUUUAAAAAUUCACUCUGCUUUGCCAUUUCACUGCACGGCUGUUGGGCAGUCUAAUCUCUUUUUUUUAAUAUAGAAAAUGGUAAAAGCAGUCAAAUUGAUUCUAGAGGUUGUAUUGCAAAACCUUGUCUAGAAUUUAAUGGAUUUUUUAAACAAAUGGAGGCUGUCGUAGGCUUUUGAUGUACAGUUUCGGUACAAAGCAUUUUGUCUGAUUCAACUCUCUUGUAUUAGCUGAUUCUGAUGUUGAUGAUGAUAAUUAUCAUUAAUUUGAUUAUUAAUGAAUCCAAGCCAUAGCAAAAUGACAACUUUCUUACCUGCAGAGGCUCCUGCUUCUCUGACUGUAACCCUGAGACCACAGACAUGGAUCUAUAUUGUUUUUGCUCGUGCAAUCGAUUAAUUGAGCCGUGCUAAGAAAAAAAAACGUCUUAAAACAGUGUCAAGUCAAUAACUCUUCUGCAUAUUUUGAAGACACGCUGACAUGCAAGGUAUUUAUUUUAAUUUUGAUAAUCAUUCAUUUUUCUUUUUUUUGUGCAAUCGAUUCAGUUUUAAGACAGUUUUUGCAGUUUCUUGUUUUUGUUUGUACUUUUCGUGGCGCUUUGUUUGCAGAAGUUGGUCUUUUAUGUGUCAUUUAUCAAAUCCAAGUCCACUGUACAGGUGACUAAAUGAGCACUUUGUAAAUGAAGUUGUGGCUUAUUGCAAUGUUCACUGAAUCUGAACUUUUUUCCUGCCAACUAAAUUUUUAAAUAAAGCUUUUC